AUUACUUACGAAAGAAGUGCGAGGAAAUCUCGGGAAAAAAAAUGGGUCAAGGCAGAGAUAAAAGGUAUGUAUACGUUGUUCUAGUAACCAAGAUACAUAUACUGUACAUUUAGACAGGGGACGAGUAGAAGGUGUAGGCUAUCAUUGCUUGCAUUUCCCAGGUGUGCCCUCAAAUAGCUGGAUUGCUUUAUCACAGUAUAAAAAAAUAUGAAGUGUGCUUACUUUAAAUACUUUCUGAAAUAAUCCUUUUUCACACAAGAUAAUAGCAUAUAUUCACCCCAUUUCCUAAAUUUUCCAGCGGCAAUUUUUACGUACUGGCGGAGCAUCCGGGAUGAUGCCAUAAGAAGGAAGAAUGGAAAACUUCAGGAGCACAGGAUCAUGACAAGACGCCUACUGAGAGUGAGAUGGGUGGGCUACUUUCACAAUAAAAAUCAUAGUUUAAUUACAGUAACUAGAAAACUAAAAAUUGACGUACACUGUAUUCUUAUAUUUAAGGGACUACGACAACAGGAUUUCGUGGGUUAUUGGUCAAAAUUAUGUUAAAAUCACUGGUCCAAAGAAAAAUUUAAAAUCCUUUCUUAAGGAGAAACAAACUAUUGCCAAGAAAUAUCUAUUUUCCAAGACACGCGGAGAGAGCUUGAAAAAAAAUGAGCCAAAUGUUUAAAAUUGCAAUUCAUUUCCAUUGUGGCCAUCCUGAACAAGACAGUCGUUAACAGUUUUAGCUUACUAUUAAAGACGACAAUUGUUAACAAAAACGGGCCAUUAUAUUUAGUUUUCCCUCCACACCAAUUGCAAUAUGUGAUUUGGCUUUCCAAAGGGAUGAUUCGAAUCAUGACAUAUAUCUACCACUUUCAACGCCAGUUUUCACAAGCGUCGGAGUCGUGGUGGUACAAAGGCCGAACGUUCAUCUAGUCCGUUACAAACUCUGCUUACGAUCUAGCAAAAAACUGCAUUAUAUUGUCGAAGUUGCAAGUAAAAGUGGAAUAACUAAUUAAACCAGUAACAAUGCAUGAUAUUCCUUUGUUCUUGGUCUUCAGACAUUGGCAUAUCGUCAAGAAAUGGUGGAAAAAUCCACUCUCUCCCCACAGGACAAAGUAAAAAAUAAGUGCACUCUAACGGUUGUCAAAAUGCCGUGGAGUUUAUGUCCUCAGAGGAAAGCGAGGAAAGAGAAGCAGAAGAAACAUUGAGUGGCCCACCAGGAAGGCACAUCAAACCACUUCUGUGGGAGAGAACUGGGUUAAGGAACAUUAAGGUUGUCCUGGAUGCCACCUAUCAGGCUCGCAUGAGAAAAAGGGAAAAAAGGACAGCAGCUAAACUUUCUAGAAUAGCUGACCAAAACAUGUCAGAUAGGCCACUCCCAAAAAACUGUCCUUCUUGGGCAGGGCGCGUGGCCAAUGGCAUAAUUUGA